AUGCCGUCAAAUUCCAUUUUAUUACUUCGGUCUGCAGUCGCCAGUUUCCAGACUUUUGAAUUUAAAGUGGAACACUUUGUAGUUCUUCCAGGGAGAUCAGCAGAGCGGCUUGAUGGUGAAUUAGCGGCAGUUAUUCUCGUUUCUUCAGCUUACGACCUCAAUGAAUUUAUCCUAAUUUCCCCUGCCGACCCCAGUGCUCGACGGCUGGUUGGAACUACACGCAUUCGGCUUCUUUUAAGCUCCAUCGAAAUGGCCCUCGCUGCGUCGUCUUGUGAACUGCCAAUAUUGGUUUGCUACGGAGAAAACAAACUUUACUAUGGUUUACAACUGCUGAGGGACAACUUCGUGGCUGACCCUUCGCCUUUGGGUGUCUUUGUGUCUGAUUCGGGGUUAAAAAAAAUAAAUUACUCAAUGUCACAGACCUCACUUCCCUGUGGCGAAAUUCAUCUGGCUAGACUUUGUCGCAUGUUUCUCGAGAAAGUGUUUCAGGCACUUUUUCAAGAAACCUACGAGCUUCCUGACGUGCCCUUGACGUACCUAUCACCCGACCUUCCAUCUGCAGAAGCCUUGGAUCAUCACCUGGCAAGUUUGGUUGAUUGUCGCUACAUCGGCGGUGGGGCACUUCGUUUGGUGAUCUUUCUUCAUUGGCUUGUUCUUCGCAUGGGUUCAACGAAUUCGGUGUUGGCCCUUCGUCUUGCCUGGUGCAACUUUGUCAACAUCCUCCGACUUGGCUAUGGAACUGAGCCUUUAAUUGCUCUCAAUGCGGGUCGCGAUUAUGCUCCCUCAACUCCGCUUGAACAUGCACUGCUUACUCUCUCCCAGCACCCAACCGAAACUGCGCUCGAGCACUGCCCCCUGUGUCAAUCCACUCUUGAUGAACUGAACAGCGCAUCGCUAUCUUCGAUCGCUGAGUGGAUUUCCCCCUAUGUUCUUGCGUAUCAGCUUUCUUUGCUUCAUCGCUUUGUUGUUCCGACCGCGCUAAUCAGCUGGUACAGCAAGAAGUUGAAAACCCUUCGGGAGACUGUUUCAAGGCUGGCUCCGGAGUACCAAUCACUAUUCAAGGCCAUUAAGGAAUUCCACAAAAGAACGAUAUGUGCAAUCGCCUUGAACACAUUCUUCAACUACCGCGGUGCAUCUAAGACAUUGCAGCCACUGGCAUGCGAGCUGGCCGAUCUAGUUCACGCCUGGAAUCAUUAUCCAGCAUCCAAUUCUGCUGCCGCUGAGCACUUUAACGUCUCGAAGAGUGUGAUGCUCCCUCUCAGCUCAGAAACUCAGUCUCUCCUCGCUAGAUGCCUUCUGAACGCUUUCCAAAGCACUCACAUGACCUCAGGGUUAUCGAUUUUCACCUCGAGAAACAAACAACAGCAGGCCGUAGCAGAAAUUAUCGUUACCGGUGCCAGCCUGGAGCCUUUCCCAUCCCAUCGAUUAGUAACGAUAACACCUACCUGCACCUUGCGAAGACCAAAUCUCGAGUUGAGUGGGGUCUCCCCACAGCGGCUUUUUGUUUCUCUACGCAAGCUCACAAAGUGGCGCCAUGAAAAUUCAAGGAAUCAACAAGAGAAACUUAACUUUCUGCAAAAUGGAGAAACGGAUUUUUCAACUCCGCACUCAGAACACCCAUGUGAUGACGUUUAUCAAGUUUUUUUAUCUGGGUGCUUUGGCGAGGACUGCGACAUUCGAUAA